AUGACGACGAGUUCUCCGAGGGAAAAUAAAGUAGAAGACUCUUUGGACAUGGAAUUCGAUGAAGAAUAUGUCCCUUAUGUUCCGAUUAAAAGAAGGCGAGAAGAGAAAUUUCAAAAGUUGCUGAGUCAAAGGCGUUUUCCUAAUCAACAGAAUGCUGGAGAGAUUGACGAAGAAGUUGAAGACUCUCAUAAGGCUGGACCAAAGGCGAACGCGAGUCUGAUCGAUCAGGCAGUGGAGGUGAAGAAGCAAAAAAUGUUGGAGGCGAAAACGGACGCUGAAAAGAAACUUGAAGAAGAAAAAGCGAUAAUGCAGGCAGUUUCUCAACGGAAACUUCUGGCAUCAGAUCGCGAACUUGCAAAGGGCAUUAUUUACACGGACUCCAUGACAACAACACUGGCUGGACGGGACAUGAUCGGAAUUGCAUUUACAGGAUCAGGAAAAACCUUGGCAUUUUCUUUGCCAUUGGUCAUGUUUGCAUUAGAGGAAGAGUGUAAACUUCCGUUGAUCAGAGGUGAAGGCCCUAUAGGAAUGAUCCGUGAACUGGCACGACAAACGCUCGAGAGUAUAAGCACAAUGACAGAAUACUUAAUGAGGGAUGGCUUCCCCAAGUUAAGAUGUCUUUUGUGCAUUGGCGGUAUAUCUAUGUCCGAUCAAUGGCACACAAUAUCAGAGGGUAUCCACAUUGUGGUCGCCACACCAGGAAGGUUAAUCGACAUGUUGGAAAAAAAAAAAUUCAACUUGGAUAUGUGCAAGUUUUUAUGCUUGGACGAGGCCGAUCGUAUGAUCGACAUGGGGUUCGAAGACGAUAAACAGAGGCAGACUUUAUUGUAUUCGGCUACUAUGCCCAAAAAAAUUCAGGAUUUUGCAAGAUCCGCCUUGGUCAGACCUGUGAUUGUUAACGUCGGUCGAGCAGGUGCUGCCAACUUAGACGUCAUUCAGGAAGUGGAAUAUGUAAAACAGGAAACAAAGAUCAUGUAUUUACUGGAAUGUUUGCAAAAAACUCCUCCUCCGGUACUCAUCUUUGCUGAAAAUAAAAAUGAUGUUGAUGAUAUUCACGAAUAUCUUCUCGUCAAAGGUGUUGAAGCUGUGGCGAUUCAUGGAGGAAAAAGUCAAGAGGAACGUGAAUUCGCUAUUCGUUCGUUCAAAGAAUACAAAAAAGAUGUUUUGGUUGCCUCUGAUGUAGCCUCAAAAGGGUUGGAUUUCCCCGACAUUCAACAUGUUAUUAAUUAUGAUAUGCCCAAGGAAAUCGAAAAUUAUGUUCACCGAAUCGGGCGUACGGGCCGUUCCGGAAGGACGGGUGUGGCUACCACAUUUAUCAACAUGAAUUGCUCCGAACAAAUUCUACUCGAUUUGAAACAUUUACUUAAAGAAGCCAAACAACGUGUUCCACCCGUUCUUGAAGCUUUGGAAGAUCCACUCAAAGAUUUAACCGGAGGUACGAAUAAUGUGAAAACUUUUGGUGUAACAAAUGACAAACAUACUAACAUAACGAAUCUUAAUCCUAAAGGAUGUACAUUUUGUGGUGGUCUUGGUCAUCGAAUUUCCGUGUGCCCGAAAUUAGAUGCGCAAAGGCGACAACAAAUUGGAAGCAUCAGUCGUGGUGGUGCGGGGGAGAGAGGUGGAGGCGAAUAUUAA